CGGAUGCGUCAUGACGGUGAGACAGCGGCGGAUUUCUUUGCUUGUCUGAACAAGCUGGCGGAUGAUUGCGGAUUCGGCGCGUUCCGAAAUAGAAUGCUGCGAGACCGCAUCGUCGGAGGUAUUAACGAUGAGAUGAUACAAAGGCGACUCCUAGAGAUUCCAGAUUUGACCCUUGACCUCGCCAAAAAGACGGUCGUUGCAAUGGAAGCAGCGAAGAAAGAUUCGCAGAUGCUAUCGACGUCUAUCCAGCCAAACCUCGCGUCAGCUAACACAUUGUCACGCGAUGCAGCUGUGAACCCGAAGUGGAAGACUGGCACCAUCUCGUGUUUUCGUUGCGGAGGCGAGCAUUACGCCACACAGUGCCGUCAUGCAAGUACCACUUGUCACAAGUGUCGGGGAAAGGGGCAUCUGGCACGAGUGUGCAAGGGGAAGACAGCGGAUGCAACCGCCGGCGGCCCGACGACGUCCACUAGAAUACCGAGAUCGGUCCACACCUUGGACGGAGCGGGCCAGUCGCAAGAUGUCUCACUGCCAGAAGUCUACGAGAUGUGGGAAAUGACAUCUUCUGCAGUCGACGGCCAACCUUUCCGAGUGGAAGUUACGGUUAACGGGACUCCAUUGCUGAUGGAACUUGACACGGGAGCUAGCGUGUCUGUUGUGUCUGAGGAGACAUUUCGACGCGAAUUUCCAUCAAGGCAGCUGGACCCGUCGCGCCUCAUGCUGAAAAACUAUUCAGGUGAACUUUCCCCAGUUCAGGGAAGCCUUAGUGCAACGGUGAGACUUGGAAACCGCGAAUGUCAGGACAUCCUGUAUGUUGUCCCUGGCACCUGCCCAUCUCUGCUAGGACGUGGCUGGAUGAAAGGCCUUGGCAUCAAGCUUUCCAACGCGAAGGAUGUCAACUUCGUGACUUCUGUUGCGAACCUCGUUGCUGAAUACUCCAGUAUCUUUGAUGAAGGUCUGGGAACUUUCAAGGGGGUGGCCGCAAAGAUAAAUCUUCAGGACAACGCCAAACCAAGAUGCGUAUAUGACCAAAUAGCAAAUGAUUGCGGUGCCCUGAGCCCUAAGGUAUUCAGGACCAAUAAACACAUGGGGGUGGUAGCAGCUGUCAUGGCAAAUGGAAGCUGUCAGAAUGACAUGUUCGGAUAUUGA